CUUAUUUUUUUCAUCCGAGUUGCAUAAAUGGCGUGCGAUUGCACCACCAUUGACCGGCAUCGACCAGAUCUUCUGUGUAAGCUGUCCAUUGUGUUGCCCAACGAGAAACAUAUUGAAGAAAGUCACGUUUCAAGAAAGAUGAACAAUCUGAAGAGUAGCAAUCAGUGUGAAGCUGCAACAACUGGAUCUCAAUCUACAAUUCUGGAUAACAAGAACAAAUCCAAAGAGCCUCUGAACGGAGAUAUAAUAGUGGAAGUUGGAGAGACAAGUAGGUCACCUCCUAAUACAGAUCAUAGUUCACUGCACAGUGUUGAUGGAUUACGAGCCAAAGGUGUCCAACUCUAUCAAGCUGCUCUGAAAGGAGAUUGGAAGGCAGCCAAUGGUAUAAUCAUUGAACAUAAAGAUAUUAUCUAUCAACGAAUUACCAGUAAAUCGGAGACUGUUCUUCACAUCGCUGUUGCUGCAAAGCACGAGGUGUUUGUAAGAAAUCUACUUGGAAGUUUGGACUCCCAUGACUUGGCCUUGCAAAACGUGGACGGCAACACAGCCUUAUGUUUUGCUGCUGCAUCGGGAGUCGUUGAGAUUGCUAAAAUGUUGAUCGAUAAGAAUGAAGAUCUUCCGAUGAUUCGCGGAGGUGGAGAAACGACUCCAAUCCACAUGGCAGCCUUAUUCGGUCAUGGAGAAAUGGUUAAAUACCUUUACAAGAAUACACGCUUUAAGGAAUUCAAUGAUGAUGAGUUUUUAAAUCUCUUUCAUGCCGUGAUAUCAGCUGAUAUCUAUGAUGUAGCUCUGCAGAUGUUAGAGAACGAGGAAAGAAAAAAAGUACUAGCCCUUUGGAAAAAUAGUAACAAAGAGACAGCCUUGCACUUGAUGGCUCGCAAGCCUUCUGCAGUUGGCCGUAGAAAACAGCUAAACUUGUUUCAGAAAUUUGCAAAUUCUAGGGUCUUUCGUGAAGCCAAAAUGCGGACCUUAGCUCAUAUGGUGGUAGAGGAGCUAUGGAGUUUUGUUAUAAAAUUGCCAGUGGAGGAAAUUUCGCAUUUUGUGGGAUCAUCUCCAAUGCUACUCUUUGAUGCCGCACAAUCGGGAAAUCUUGAGCUUUUACUUAUUCUUAUUCGUUCUUAUCCAGAUCUGAUAUGGAAGGUGGAUCUUAAGAACCGAAGCUUGUUCCACAUUGCUGCUAUAAAUCGUCAUGAAAAAAUCUUUAAUAUAAUCUAUGAACUCGGGGCCAUCAAAGAUUUGAUAGCAAUGUAUAAAGAAAAAGAAUCCAAAAACAACUUGUUGCAUCUUGUGGCACGUUUACCACCUCCAAAGAGGCUACAAGUUGUAUCAGGAGCAGCACUUCAGAUGCAAAGAGAGAUUCUUUGGUACAAGGCUGUCAAAGAGAUAGUUCCUCGUGCAUACAACAAAACCAAAAACAUUGAUGAUCAGGUGGCGCAUGAUCUAUUUACGAUAGAGCAUGACAACUUACGCAGAGAAGGAGAGAAAUGGAUGAAAGAAACUGCGACUGCAUGCAUGCUUGUAGCAACACUAAUAGCAACUGUGGUCUUUGCAGCUGCCUUUACUCUACCUGGUGGAAACGAUACGGGUGACAACAUAAAAACACUAGGCUUCCCUACUUUUAGAAAGGAGUUCUGGUUCGAUGUGUUUAUCUUAUCAGAUUCGGUUGCCCUCCUAUCAUCUGUGACAGCUAUUAUGAUAUUUUUGUCAAUCCUGACAUCUCGUUAUGCAGAAGCUAGUUUCCAGACGACCUUACCAACGAGGCUAAUGUUGGGACUUUUAGCAUUGUUUGUUUCAAUUAUUUCUAUGGUUCUUGCCUUCACAGCGACAAUGAUCUUGAUCCGUGAUCAAGAACCUGAAUGGAGCUUAAUCCUCUUAUUUUGCCUGGCUUCUGUCACGGCUCUCGCAUUUGUGGUGUUGCAUUUUCAGCUUUGGUUUGACACACUUCGCUCAGCGUAUUUAUCUAAGUUCCUCUUCCAUGGACGUAAAAGUGGCCUCUACCUCUAAAGUUAUAGAGUCCGUAAAACUUUAAUUUGUAUUGUUUACUAAAACUUUGUAUAUAUCUUGUGUUUUCGAUUCCAAUAAAGGUUCAAUUUGAGA